CUCUCCGCCGGCUGAUAGCCCCCAUCGACAGUAAACGAUGUACUACACCAACGAAAUAACGUCGGUGUGGUGGGACGUGAACAGCUCUCCAGUUCCAGAUGGGUAUGAUGCUGGUCGGGUCGGUCCGUGUAUCAAAAAGAUGUUAGUGGAUUUAGGCCAUAUUGGUCCAGUCACCAUCACUGCCACUGGCGACUUUAGAGGUACCCCUGAACACGUCCUGCGAGCUCUCUCUUCCUCUGGAAUCAUUAUUAAAAACGUCGGCAACGGUCCCAAAGACCUUUUUACGUACUUUCUAUCUUGGACAAUAGAUAAUCCAGCUCCGGCUACAGUAAUGAUCAUUGCCCAUUACCAAGAUUUAGCUUACAUGGAUCGCAGUCUCCAAUCGUUAAAUAAGGAAGGGUACACCUUUGUCAAGGUAUAUGCUCACCCUAUUGCCACUUGCACUGUUUCAGGCCCUUUAGGGUUAUACUGGGGAAAGGUACUUUCGGGAUCUGUGGAUAAUAAACCGGAGACAAGAAGACAGUUUCUCCUGGACAAGUGCAGUGAAACGAGUGAAACAAAGGAUGAAUCUGCCUGUUUUUUUUGCUUACUAUGCUAUUUUUCCGGCAAAAGCGUUGAAAGUUUCACUGCUCAUCUCUCUAGUGAAGAACAUGCACAGGAAGAGUUAGAUAAUGUUUCUGUGGGUUUACCCAAAGGCAUGAAGAUAAUUCGAGGCCGAGCUGUUUGGGUGAAGGAGCAACCAAAGACUUUGGCUGAUUCCAAAAAAGCGAAGAAUAGGUUGAAGAAGUUGAAGAGGAAGAGGAAGUUGAAGAUGACGAGUACCAAGAAGAAGUUUAAGUUCUUCUCUUUCAUAUGGUAAAUUAUUUGUUCUACUUGUAGCGGUUGGGUUUGGCUUAUACUACUUAUGCUUAUGUUGAAUGCUCAUAAGACUUUGGUUGAUGCUAAUAAACUGAAGAAAAAGAU